CGCUGCGACGAUAACCUCUCUGGAGUCCGAAAUCUCUCGGGAAAUAUCCAAUCCAGUCACGGCAGUCGCUUCUUGAUCCAUGAUUAUUGGUCGCCAGGGUUGUAUGUAUAUACGUGAUCUGCAGUAAUCUUGAGUAAUCUGUCAAAAGGGCGCUAACGCCGUUCGUGAUGUCAUUCUCGGUACCGCCUGAGGUCCGCGUGAAUUUCUCGAGGUAGAACGAGAUACGCAUCAACGGGAAUAUCUGGUGAAGUCGCAGGUCGCAGGUUUCACGGCUCUGACGUUUAUGCGUCACUGCCCGAAUAACGGGUAAAUAUUGGAGAUAUCGACAUCUCCGAAGUAACGAGGUGUCUUCAAGCACCAGCAUGGAGUGGUUAUUCGGCAAGCGUAUCACGCCUGAGGAAAUGCUCAGGAAGAACCAAAGAGCAUUGAACAAGGCGAUGCGGGAUUUGGAUCGGGAAAAAAUGAGGAUGGAGCAGCAGGAGAAGAAAAUUAUUGUCGAUAUAAAGAAACUUGCGAAAGACGGGCAAAUGGACGCUGUGAAAAUUAUGGCUAAAGAUCUGGUCAGGACGAGACGUUACGUGAAGAAGUUUAUGCUGAUGAAGGCAAAUAUUCAAGCCGUGUCGUUAAAGAUACAAACCCUACGUUCUCAGAAUACGAUGGCACAGGCGAUGAAAGGAGUGACCAAAGCGAUGCAAAAUAUGAACAAACAAUUAAACCUACCACAAAUACAGAAAAUAUUACAAGAAUUCGAAAAGCAGUCGGAGAUAAUGGACAUGAAGGAAGAAAUCAUGAACGACGCGAUAGACGACGCGAUGGAGGAUGAGGGAGACGAGGAAGAAAGCGAUGCUGUGGUCUCUCAAGUGUUGGACGAGCUGGGUCUGCAGUUGACGGAUCAACUCUCCGGGCUACCACAAGCGUCCGGAUCACUGAGCGUAGCCGGCUCUAAGCAGCCGGUCGCCGCCGCGGCGGGCAACGAGGGCGACGGGGGCAAUCUCGCGGACGCCGACGCGGACCUACAGGCCAGACUCGAGAAUCUGCGACGCGAAUAA